AUGAAGAUCUCUCAGAUCGAUGAUCCGUAUGGUGAGUUUUUAGAACUCAUAAAGAAUUUCCAAGCGGGAAGAAUUGAUAGAAGACGUUUCAGAGCAAGAGUGCAGGGAUUGUGUAGUGGAAAUACAGAUUUGAUUUUCAGAUUCAACACCUUACUGAAAAACAAAUAUCAAAUCAAACUUAAGAUCACUGGGGUCAAAAGAAAAAAGGUGAAGAAGAAGAAGGUAGAAGAGAGUCAUGAACUUCCUUGGGAUAUGCUUGAUAACAUUUGCAAAACACUAGAUUUUCACGACCUCUUUCAGUUUGCCGGUGUGUGCAAGAAUUGGAAGGCUUUUCAUAAAAUUUACUGGACAAAUUUCAUAGCAUACCAAGAACCAUUACUUCUCCGAAAUGUGUAUAGUAAUCGAGAAUUCUCUUCCUUAAUAAGCAUUCCCGACCAAAAAAUUUAUUCCUUGAAGAAGAUGGAGUGCUUAUUCAACUCUAUCUAUGUUGAGUCUUCUGGCGGAUAUUUUAUCAAGGCGGCGGACAAUAAUUCAUUUAAGAUAAUCAAUCCAUUUACAAGAACAAAGAAGGUAAUCAAUGCCUCCAACUUUCAAUUUUACUUUAAUGGUUUUUUUAACUAUGCAUUGCUUGCUCUUAGCAAAUGCUCUGAGGAUUUUGUUUUGGUGGUUUUAUGCAUGUGUACUAUGAAUUUGCGUGUCUAUCAAUCUAGAAACUGUGGUUGGGUUACUUAUUCUUCAGAAAUAGGAAAUCAAGAGAAAGUUGUUCACUUUGUGGUUUUGCACAAUAUAAUAUAUGUUGUCACUAACAAGGCCAACAUAGGAGUGCUUAGCUUGAAUUCUGCAAAUAUUAAAUUUCUAAAACUGAAGAGUACUCCUGAUGUAACUAGCAGAAACCUCAAGUUGGUUAAUUGUGAUGAACAACUUUUACUGGUUGAUUUAAUGGAAGAUAAAAUGAUUAGGAAUGUGUACAAGAUAGACUUCUCCACCAUGAAUUAUGUCAAAGUUGAAACUUUGGGCAACAUUGCAUUAUUAUAUGCUUCAAAUGGCUUGAAGAACAAUUGUUAUGCAUUGAGCAACCCGAACAAGUGGGGAUAUGAGAGAAACUCUGUGUAUGUCACCCUCUUUUCAUCUACAAUAUGUAGAGUGUAUUCAUGGGAUGAUAAAAAAUUGAAAAAAUGCAUCACGCUUCCAACUCCUGAUGAAACAGGUGCCUUCUUGUUUGACUGGUGUUUUAGACAUCUACAAUACGAGAUAGAUUAUUCUCUAGUUGAGUAACUUGCAUAUUGUACGUUGUGUUACUUAUGUUCUUUGUGUUUCACCCCAUUUUCCUUUUUGCUUGUGUCAAACUUGUAAUUUAAUUAUAGCUAGAAUGAGGGAGGGUGACCGUCUAUUUAAGUCUAGUACUAUUUAUUAUUUUGUCUGUUAAUUGUUUCUAAUUUUAAGUGUAUAAUUGCUAAAAUUGUGUCUGCAAUCUUCAUUACUGUUUGAUCAAUGAAAGUUUAUCCGAA